GGCGCGCAAGUCGAUUACGCAGCGCUAGGCACGACACCGUACGCUCGCUGUGGUUAUAAUUGGUGCUUUCACUGCGAACAACACGCUCCUGCAGCGCUCACAUCUAUACGACUCCAGCAGCCGUGCCAAAGCAGAUCCACGCCGUCGCCGCGAGCCGCCGCGAUAGCGCAUAAACACGAAAUAAGCCAUGGGCGGCGACCGAAGAAGACGAGACAGCAGGUCACGAAGCCGCGGCCGCCGACGAAGGGACCGCUCGCGGAGUAGAGGAAGACGGCGGCGGCGCGGCGACGGCAUGCCCGACGCGCGGCCCGAGGAGAAACGUAGGAGGCGGCGGAGCGACUCGAGCGACGACGAAAACAUAGUGGGCGUGCCGCAAGGGUUGUCGCUCACGGUGGUCAUGCGAGAAAACCCGAACCUCUCCGUGCAAGAGGCUCUCGCGAAACUCCAGAUCAUGAAGCAGAUGGCCGGCAUGAACAUGGCCCAGUCCGGCCAGGCUUUAGCCUUUCAAGGUGCGCUCGGUGCGCAAUUGGGCGGCGUCGCGAGCGCCCCGGCCGUCGGCGGCGGCGGCGCCGCCCAGGGCCUAGCUUUAGCGGCCCAAUCCGCCGCGACGGCCACGGCCACGGCCACGUUGCAGUCCAAUAAACCCAAACGCGAACUGUACGUCAAGAACGUUCCCUAUGGCUGCACCUCGCAACACGUGAGAGCGUUCUUAGAUGCUGCAUUAACAACGUGCAAGCCUUCCUGUAAGGGAGCCAUCUCGAACUGCUGGGUCGCCGAAGACGGAUCGACCGCAUUUCUUGAGUUACGAUCCGUCGAAGAGACUGAUGAUUUACUCAAACUAGAUGGAAUACAAUGGAACGAGGAGGAGUUGAAGCUGGGCCGACCGAAGAACUACGGUGAUGGACUCAGCCAACCGCUGCCGACCAUGGGCGCGUUUGGCGCGGGGAAUCCCGCGUCUCUCAACCCGCUGAUGGCUCGCAGCAACGUCCUCAUGCUCCUGAAUUUACCAUGUUUUCUCGAGGAACUCGACGUGAAGAAACUCAUCUGCCCCUUUGGGAGUUUAGCGGAGUUCAAUUUGCUGAAGGACGACACGGGAGCAUUUAAGGGUGCUGCUGUCUUUAAAUAUGAAGUUGACAUCGCGGCGUCGAACGCGAUCGGCGGGCUCAAUGGGCGGCAACUGGGCGACGUGAAGCUUGUUGUUCAAAGAGUCCCGCCGCAGAUGAUCACGACGCUGAUGGCUCCGACGAAGACGGGUGAGCGGCCGAAACCACCGCCUCACGAUCCCGAGCAACGGACUCGAGUCGUCCACCUGCGGAACGCUGUCCUUGAGGAGGACCUGCAGGACGACGAGUUGUACGCUGAGCUAGUAGAUGACGUAUUAACAGAGUGCGGGACCUACGGCGACGUCGACGCCGUGGAAAUCCCGCGCCCGGACGGCGACGACAAGCACGAAGCCCAAGGGUCCAUCUUCGUGCGUUUUGGGGAUGAAUUAUUUGCUGAACAAGCCAUCGAGGCCUUCGCGGAUCGGAGUCUGAAUGGCAAAACCAUACUGGCCGGUUAUUAUCCAGAGGACUUAUUUAAGGAGAAAAGGUUCGACUCCACUCCAUUACCGCCGGUGGAGCCGGCUCCUGAGGCAGCUGCUCCGUCCUUGGAGCCAUCAGGAGGGGUCCUCGCGGCCCAGGCCGUCGCGGCCGGCGUCGCGGGCAUCGGCGGCGUCGCGGCCGCGCCGCCGAUCGUGCUGGCGCCGCCGCCGCCUCCACCGAACGGGGCGGGCCGCGGCGUCGACAACCGACCGGCCUGGAUGACGGAGACGCAGCAGGCGCCUGUUGCUCCGGUGGACGACAUGGACUAA